AUGUCAACCACGACGGAGAAGCCGACCUCCGGCUUUGCAGAGCUCUCCAAAAACAAGAGAGUUCUAUCAUGGUGCCUCCUCAUCUUCAUCUUGCCAAUCAACUUCGGCUACGAGCUCGCCUUGGUCGGAAACAUCCUCGCGAUUCCCUCCUUCUUGAACAAAUUUGGAGUUACGACAGCCACCGGUGCGAAAGAAAUCAGCACCCAUGAUCAGCAGAUCCUCAACGCUUCAACCACAAUCGGCGUCUUCGUAGCAGCGUACACAACCGGUUUUAUCUCCGACAUCAUCGGCCGCCGUCUUGUCGUACUCCUUGGAUGCGGUCUCUGCAUCGCCGGGAUUAUGGUACAAGGCUUCUCGAACUCUAUCAUGAUGCUCUUUGGUGGAAAGCUCAUCAGCACCGUCGGCUACGGGCUGGGCCACACCCUCGGACCGGUCUACGUCGCAGAGAUCGCCCCAGACUCUCUCAGAGGCUUGGUGCCACCCGUUUUGGUCCUCGUCCUGGGAGGCCUUUUGCUGCCAGAGUCACCCACCUGGCUCCUGAUGAAGGGAAGAAGGGAAGAAGCCGCCAAGGCAUUGCGUAAGUUUAACGGUCCGAAGCACAAUGUCGAGGAAACGCUGGCCAUCAUGGAGACUACACUCGAGAAGGAGAAGGAGCUCAACGACAGAGGUGCAUCCUAUCUCGAGUGCUUCAAGGGUCCUAAUCUUCGCCGAACCACCAUCGUGGUCGUCGUCUAUCUCGCGCAACAACUCGCUGGCAGUAACUUUGUGGCAUCUUACCUUCCUUACUUCUUCACAAUUGCCGGUGUAGGCAACCCAAUCGGCAUCGCCCAAGUCUGCUACAGCAUCCAGCUCCUCGGAAACAUCUGCUCCUGGUUUCUCGUGGAACGCACCGGCCGACGUCCUCUUAUCGUCUGGGGCAUCAUCUCGAUGUCAGCGCUGUUGCUCCUGAUCGGAGGUUUAAGCGUGAUUGAGAACAACCAGCAGGCGCUUGCUGCAGUCGUGGCUUUUAUGGCUCUUUGGGGUUUCCUCUAUCAACUAUCUAUCGGCGCGGUUGCUUUUGCUGUGGGGGGCGAAACACCAUCACCCCGCCUGCGUCAAAAGACCUACUCAAUCACGAUCAUGAGCAACACCUCGGCAGGCUGUCUUGUUACCCAGCUUAUCCCGUUUCUGAUAAAUCCGAGCAACGCAAACCUGGGUGGAAAGGUAGCAUUCGUUUUCUUUGCCCCGUCUUUGAUCUGCUCCGUCUACCUGUUUUUCUGCUUCCCUGAGAUGAAGGGCCGCAGCUACCUUGAGCUGGAAGACAUGUUCCAGAAGGGCGUACCAGCGAGGCAGUUCAAGGAUUAUAAGUGUGAAGUGGAGACGGUGGAGGGCAAGGAUGGAGAGAAGGUCGCGGUUGUGCUCAAGGAUUGA